AAGUGCUUGGCUACGCUUGCAGCAGGGUCGGGGGGGCCCAGGACCCUCACCUGGCACUCACGUGGCAGGACACGCACGCAAGCCUUUCGGCCAGAUGCUGCAAGUCCACUCGGAGAGGUGCCGGGAUGAGGCCCCUGCCCUGGUCAUGCAGGGUCACUGGAGCCGAGGCCCGGGGCGGAGGCUUCCGGGCAGCGUUGGGCUGAGUGGGCACUCGGCUGCCCCCGCCCGGCCCUGUGUCCUGCGGGCCGAGCACCGUGUGUCACCACUGGGCAAGGGGCCACAGCUGCUCAGCCCCGCAGGGUCGCGGCCGCCUGGAGGGCAGGAAGGACGGCAGGCACGGACGGCCGUUCUCAGUGAAGGGCCUUGCACGCACUACUGAGGAGCGACCAUGGGCCUGCUGGCCUUCCUGAAGACCCAGUUCCUGGUGCACCUCCUCAUCGGGUUUGUCUUCGUGGUGAGCGGGCUGGUCAUCAACUCCAUCCAGCUGUGCACGCUUGUCCUCUGGCCCCUCAACAAGCAGCUGUACCGCCGGGUCAACUGCCGCCUGUCCUACUCGCUGUGGAGCCAGCUGGUCAUGCUUCUGGAGUGGUGGUCAGGCACUGAGUGCACGCUCUUCACCGACAAGGCCACGUUGGAGCGGCUGGGGAAGGAGCACGUGGUCAUCAUCCUCAACCACAACUUCGAAAUCGACUUCCUCUGUGGAUGGACGAUGUGUGAGCGGUUUGGCGUGCUGGGGAGCUCCAAAGUCCUCGCUAAAAAGGAGCUGCUUUACGUGCCCCUCAUCGGCUGGACAUGGUACUUCCUCGAGAUCGUGUUCUGCAAACGGAAAUGGGAGGAGGACAGGGACACUGUGAUCGAAGGCCUGAAGCGCCUGGCUGACUACCCCGAGUACAUGUGGUUCCUCCUGUACUGCGAGGGGACGCGCUUCACCGAGACCAAGCACCGCGUCAGCAUGGAGGUGGCCGCGGCCAAGGGGCUGCCCGCGCUCAAGUACCACCUGCUGCCCCGCACCAAGGGCUUCACCACGGCCGUGCAGUGUCUCCGCGGGACGGUCGCCGCCGUCUACGACGUGACCCUGAACUUCAGGGGGAACAAAAACCCGUCCCUGCUGGGCAUCCUCUACGGCAAGAAGUAUGAGGCCGACAUGUGCGUGAGGAGGUUUCCUCUGGAAGAGAUCCCACUGGAUGAGAAGGAAGCGGCCCAGUGGCUUCAUAAACUGUACCAGCAGAAGGAAAACUUAAAAUGGCACGAAGACAUUUCCUUGUUGGUGCAACACUCCCUGGAACCCGGGAGGCCCGGGUCCCCACCUGUGCUGCUGUGGCUGGCAGCAGGGUCCCCUUUCCGGGACUCUGCCAGGAUCCUCGGGCUCCUCUUCUCCCGGUCGGCGUCAGCCUUGCUUGACAGGGAAGGCGAGCGAGGAGGACGCCCUGCAGGAGAUGUACGCCCAGGAGGGCGUGUUCCCCGGGGAGCAGUUCAAGCCCGCCCGGCGGCCCUGGGCCCUCCUGAACUUCCUCUUCUGGGCCACCGUCCUCCUGUCGCCGCUCGUCAGCUUUGUGCUCGGCGUCUUUGCCAGCGGGUCGCCCCUCCUGAUCCUCACCUUCUUGGGGUUCGUUGGAGCAGCUUCCUUUGGCGUGCGCAGACUGAUAGGCGUAACGGAAAUCGAGAAAGGCUCCAGCUACGGGAACCAAGAAUUUAAGAAAAAGGAAUGAUUAAUGGCUGUGAUUGAACCCGCGUGACCUGAUGGUGGUAUCUAAUUAACUCAAUUAAAACAGAACAACACACAGAGGAAAAGACACUUAGAAACUAUUUUUCUUACUAACUGGUGACUAACAUUAACAAAUAAAACUUGAGCCAGGAGUGAAGAGACCGGAAGGACCGACAGGUGAAGACUGGCCCCCCUGCCUGGGCCGGGCCCCCCGCGGGCAGCGUCUGGCCUCUGGGUGGGGACGGCUCCCAGGAACGGACGCGCUCGAGAACUCUGCUUGCAAGAGGAGCCUUUGGAUGCUUUCUCUUCUUAAACUUAGAUCUAGUUUUUGGGUUGGUUUUAUUUUUUUUACUCAGUUAUUUUGGGAAUGUAACCUGACCCCGCACUUCUUCCUCUGCACCCCCCAGAAAACUGCCUCUCAAAGAGUUGUCCGGUGUCCUCCUGGGAACGACUAUGGGUGCCUGGUCCCCCAAAGGCUUGGUCCCGCCCCGCUUGGCGGUGGCCGUGGCUUCCAGGCCCUUUGGGGCAGGGGCCCGGUGGUGGGAAAGUUCUCUUCUUGAUAAGCACAUACUGAAUGUACCACACUGAUUUGGGGCAAACCCCAUUGUCACUUGCGCCCUCCACCAGGGCUCAGCUGCAGGGGGUCCCCGCUCUGUCCUCUGGAGCACCAGCCUGAGGGUGGAGACCUCAGAUCCUGGGUUUCAAGUGGACGGUACCCCGAGAACUUGGUGCCGUGUAGGGCUCCACCCAGCUCCUCUUUUCCUCCUUGUGGCCACUGGACCCCAGCUCCUCUGUGCUGGAUGUGGGGCACCCCCACCCCUGCACCCUGAUCAGGGGUCCCCCCGGGGAGCUGAUCUCCAUGGUGGGGGGCAGGGCUUGGUGGCCCCACAGACCGCAGCCCCCCCCACCCCGGCGGGACCCUGUACAGGUGACGUCUCCAGCGAGCCUCUUCACUCAAGGGUGGUGGAGAUGGGCAGUGCCGCACAUUGGCUUGGGGAGCCUGCGUUUGCUCCGGUGGCGUGGGGUGUUUCUGGCUUCCUGAUGGGAAGUGGAGACGCUGCACUUCUCCCAGCUCCGCUCCCUCUCCCGUGCAGGUGGGGCCCUGCUCGCCCCCCGCGCGCCCUCCCUCGGCUCCCCUCUGUCUAAAUGACCGUCCCCGAGCGUCCUGCUGACUGCGGACACACGAGGGCGGGCGGCGCUUGGCCGUUGCCCCUCUCCCGGGAGGGGCUCCCUCUGGCCCAGGCCUUCGAGGGAAACGCUUUACCUCCCAGCAGGCAGUUGCUUCCCCAGGCACAGUUGGGGUGCAGCUUGGCCUGGGGCGGGGGCUGCCUGGGAGGAGAGGGGGUGUCGGCCGGGGCGCCCAGGACUCCCCACCCGGCACCCCCAGCCUCGCCCACACCUCUAGGUGGCUUUUUUCUUAAACUUCCAACUUGCUUUUUUUAAGUCACACUCUCCUCGUCUUUUUUAGCAAGGGGAAAGAAAAGAACGUGUGUUAUCGCAGAUAUAUUUUAACCAGCAUUCUGGACACAGGCAGGUUGAAUUUUGUAGAAGAAAAAAAAAUAGGAAGAAAGAGGCAUGGAGGAGAUGCUAAGCUGAACUGAGCAAGUGCCUCUGCCUUGGCCCGAAGGAGGACUGACUGAGACGGCGUCUGUCCUCCGUGACGAGGGCGCUGCGCCCAGAGGUCUGGCUGGGGGCCGGGAGCGCGGGGAGAAGGCGCGGAGCAGCGCCGCACGGUCCUGCCCUCGCGAGCAAGAAGGAACCAACACGAGUCGGCAUGCUCCCCCGGCUGCCCCUGCCGGCUUGCGGGGCCUGGAGGACGGGGCGCCCGCGGGGGACCAGUGACUUCCCUGGAGUUGUCCCUUCUCCCCGACAUAACCUGCUGCUGUCUGCGAGCAUUUUAGUUCUAGGCCAUCAGCUCCUCCUAAUGCACCUAAAGAAUUUUAAAGGCAAAGCUACAACCAUGCGGGAUUCAUCCCCUGGGAGAUGCAAAUCUAGAUCUCUGGCCAUUUAGUUAAUAGUUCGUGUUUCCUAAAUAAGUUCCCUCCCCUCGAAAUGAAUCUGCGUGUGUAAAGUCUACAAGUCAGCGAAGGGACGGUGGGGGGUAGUAGGUUAAAAUGGAGAAGAUCAAGGCAGUGGGUGUACGUUUUAAAUCUCCUCCAAUUUUCUUCCGACUGAACAUGUCCUGGCUCGUUUGGGCACUAAGCCCUUGGGGAGUGAUGACGACUAUAAAUGUCUGGGGUUUUUUGGAGGGUGGUGGUGUUUGCUUUUGACCCAUUUCUGGAAGGAAAGGGGGGAGGAGAGCUCCUUUGAUUUUUUUUUUUUAAUUAAAUGAAUAAAUCCCAGAAUAGUGCUUUUCCUUUUUCUUUUUCCUUUACGUCCCUAAUACCAAGCUCCGAGGGUUGCUAGUGCAUGUGGUCGUGUCAGCUUUCAUGCCAGAUCUUGGCAGCUGAAGCAACUUGCUGGCCCUGGGACGGUCCGUGCUGGUCGCGGAGAAGGGGGCUCAUUUCAAGCCUGGAGCCGCUGAUGGCCCCUGCGGGGUCCUGGGUGGGCAGAGGACAGGGAGGCCGUGCUGGCUCACAGUCCCCAGGCCUCCCAGGCACUGCCGUGGGGACUUGGGCUGGUGGCCACUGGCUGGCACGUGUCUCAGUUCAGACGCAUGUCCCAGCUGGGCCCAGGGGACGGUCCCAGAGCCCGCUCUCAAGCAGACGUGUCUCAGGCACAGGGCAGAGGGCUGCAGUUCUUUGGCCCCCUCCCAGGAGUUCCGGGGGCUUCCAAGGUGUCUGUAGCGUUUCAUGGUAACUUUGUAGCAGGAACCAGCACCAGAGGCCCCUCGGGCAUCUCUCUUUGGGGUCUUUUUCUGUUCAUGUUGCGAGCUUGACUGUCGUCCGCUCACGCGUGUGAGCAGACAUAAAAGACUUCACUGGUCAGAAGGGAGGGUGUUUUGGAGAUUUGGGAAUGCUGUAUUUACGUCCUCUUUUUUAAAAAUGUAAGGCCUUGGAGAGGGUUCCAAAUGACUACCCGCUUAUAAGUGCUUUAACCCAGAAAAGGAAACAAUGCUGGUCACCAGCACUUGGUGACAGCGUACCAGACUCCCAGCCCUGGCUGAGGGGCUUUCAGGUCCCUGUCCUCACAAAGCACACCCUCUGGUUGAAGAAUGCGCGCUGAGUGUUUAAACCACUAAUAACAUAAAACAAAAACGUAAGCACUUUCUUAAAGCAAUGCAGAUUUUCUCAUCAAUUUUGAAUCUACCUUGUCUGUCCCCUUACCCCCUUCUGUGGACCGCGCAUGACAAUUCUUUGCACAAAUCUAGUCAAGGUGUUGAGCACUGAGGUCAGUCGGAAGGAAAAGCAGGGGUUGGACCCAGCAGCACGCGCCCCAGCAGGUCAAAAGGUGCCGCGAGGCCGUCCACACCCUUCGUGACUUCCAAUUUGAGUCAAAUGUGGGGUAAAGAAUAAGUAACUUUCUGCAUGUUGCUUCAUCUUGGCCUGAGACACUUACAGGACAAGCCAGACAUCAUCCUUCCAGCCCUGCUGAUUUUCCUCUGAACUGCUCCACCCACACCUGAACUCAGGCUGCAAACUUCUUCCCAAUGGCUGCAGCCCUUAGCAUGCAACGGCAGGUGCCUGGUGCUGUGUGACGUGGCUUGCAACUUCUCUGCAGCAAAACCAGAUCCAGGAUGGAAGUCGGGCCCGGAAGCAGCCUGCCCCUGGCCCUCACCAGUGAGCUACCCCCAGACCCAACCUGAGCUGCCCACAUCCACAGACUAGGCCAUCAGCUGUGGGGCUGCUGGGGUGGACGCCGACGUUUUGUUCUCCACAUUCCUACAGAUUGGGGCCAGGAUGAAAAAAAAUGCAGUUUGUGGGUAAAAGAUGUUCCAGCUGCCAUCUGCUAAACUGAGUGGGUUGGACAUACAUGAACUGAGUUUUGUUACGAGCAUUAGCCACUGCCUACUUCAGUGGAAAUGGUGGCAUUCUUGCCAGCUGCUGGGGAAAUCAAAUGGUGAGCACUUUUGGGGAUGCUAGAAAAUUCCAAGAGAAUUUGGCAUCAGAUAGCCCAGGCGGCACAGUAUAUUCUUCUCAAGGAUGACUGAAUUGCUUUAAAAUUUUAAGCUUUGUAAUGACAAGGUCGCCUGGGGUUUUCUUUUCUCAUAAGCUUUUCAGUUUCUUAAGUUUUUGUUACAAAAGUACUUAGAAGUCAAACUGUGAAUGAGAUACUGAAAAUGCACUCAAUUGUAUUAAAUUAAACUGGAGUCAGUUGAUACAAUGCAGAAAUGCAUCUGCUCUACUUGGAUUUAUUGCCUCAGAAUUGUUAAGUUGUGACAAUCAAAUGUUACUUGCCUAAAUGCCAGGAAAUUCCACUGGCUUCUUAAUCACUCAGAUUGCCAGCAAGUACUGUAACUGUAAAUGAAAAUAUUUCUCCUCGGAAAGCCACAGAAACCACUGAUUGUUGUGCGCGUGGUGGACCUUUGGGGUUCUUUUUCUAUAAUUGAUCUACCAUCCCUGAAAGCCGGCUAGUUUCAAAGGGUGGUACGUAGUAUACAGGGUGCAAAUGUAUUAUAUGGACGUUUCCUUUUGUACGCUUCAUUUUUACAAUUUUUGCUACUCACAAGCUUUACGUAGUCAAGGUUAGAGGUAUUUUUGGUCUGUAGAAGCUUGUAGGGGGUGGGGGGAGCCGCGUUAGACUUUAAAAAGCCUGGUCCCACGCUCCGCAGAGAUCUCUUUGUAGCAAGCCGCGGGGAGCUCUUGUUUGGCAGAAUUUUCUGAGUACAGGUGUUGAAGGCGUCAUACUUGGUUUAUUAAAAUUGCAACUGUGAAAGAAAGGGAUAAAAAGUCCAGACAUAUGAGAAGGCGACCCUGCUUCCUUUUGUUUCUCUGCCUCUAGUCUAGACUUGGAUUUUUCCAGGGGGUUGAAAAGCCGGCGGCAUCCUUGAGGGCCUGGGGCCACGGCUGGACAUGGCUCUUCUCGGAGGCCGGCCCGCAGGUGGCACUUUCUGGAAGGGGGAUGCGAGGUGGGUGAUAAUCGGGCAGCAAACACGGGCAGAAACUGGUUGGUACCCAAAAUAUGCCGAAGGACCCACCAUCUGAAAACAAGUUUCAAAAGCCAUCAGGGACAAAAGGUUUUCCAAAGUAGGCAUGUGUAUAUCAAAAACUAUUUUUUGUAAAGACAAAUUCAUUCUAUGGAGAAAAAUCUUAAUGGAGGAGGCCCUUUUUCUUCUUUAUAAAGAAAAACCUCUUGUUUGAAACAAGAGACACUGCAGGUUCUCGCUUGUCUGUCUUCUGAUAAUAAACUGAGCUGAAAGAAA